UGAAGACGAACGAAUGAACGAGCAUACAUAAAUAUCACGUUUUCAGUCAUUACACCGGGUGUAAAGGUAUCUUGCAUUUAAUCUAUUGAAUAUUUAGUUUUUUUCCGUCGUGCGGAUUAAUUUUUAGUGAAUAAUUUUCGUAUACACUUGUAUUUAGUUGACAAUACAUAACAAAAAUGGCACAAUUCUUGAACAGAAUCGGACAAUUAGGUUUGGGAGUUGCUUUAGCUGGUGGUGUCGUCAAUUCAGCGUUAUAUAAUGUUGAUGGCGGUCAUCGAGCUGUAAUUUUCGAUCGUUUCGCUGGUAUCAAGCAAGCUGUUGUCGGCGAAGGUACACAUUUCUUUAUUCCAUGGGUCCAACGCCCGAUUAUUUUCGAUAUUCGAUCACAACCACGAAAUGUGCCCGUUGUCACUGGUAGCAAAGAUUUGCAAAACGUAAACAUCACAUUGCGUAUCUUGUUCCGCCCGAAACCGGAUCAAUUGCCAAGAAUUUACACAAUUUUGGGUGUUGAUUACGACGAUCGUGUGUUACCUUCAAUCACAACGGAAGUAUUGAAAGCCGUUGUCGCCCAAUUUGAUGCCGGCGAAAUGAUCACACAGCGUGAGUUGGUGUCACAAAAGGUGUCGGACGAUUUGACAGAGCGUGCAGCACAAUUCGGUCUUAUUCUUGACGAUAUUUCCAUUACGCAUUUGACGUUCGGCAAAGAGUUCACAACAGCCGUUGAAAUGAAACAGGUCGCCCAGCAAGAGGCUGAAAAGGCUCGUUUCCUCGUCGAAAAAGCGGAACAAAUGAAAAAAGCGUCCAUUAUCUCGGCUGAGGGAGAUGCAACAGCCGCCGAACUAUUGGCCAAAUCAUUUGCCGAUUCCGGUGAUGGUCUAGUUGAACUUCGUCGUAUUGAAGCCGCUGAAGAUAUCGCUUACCAAUUGUCAAGAUCACGACAAGUAGCCUACUUGCCCGGCAACCAAUCCACUCUCUUGAAUUUGCCAGCAAUGAACUAGAUUAAAUUGUAGAAAAGCAGGAACGAACAUACAAAAAUAACAUUGAAAUGUAGCUAUGGACCGGAGUAUGGCAAUGGAGCAUUUAAAAACUUGCACGAAUAUUUUGUUGCAAACUUAUUUUCGUUAACACAAGAAAAUAAAAUAGCCUAGAAAACCAAGGAACCAUUUUGUUUGAUUACAAAUAAAUACAAUUGAAUAUUAGUUUAAAACUGAA